AUGAGAGGGCUUUUUUGGGUCCUGUUCACAUACCUUAUUUCGUUGGCAUGGGCUAGUCCCGAGCUUGUUCUUAAAGGCGACGACCGCAAAGCUAUUGAAGUAGCCUCGUUUGGCUUUCUAGCAGGCGGUCAACUCACCCUCAAGCUCGAUGAUUUUCGCCUUUCGCACCCUACAGCCCCCGGCAUCGUCGCUUUCUAUAUCCGUAAAGGCAAUGUUGUCAAAGAUCGAUUCGCCUCUGCCAAUGUCAUGCCAGCCGACGAGAGCACAGAAACCCCAGCUUUCCACAACUGCUUUUUGGAUAACAAGUUUAUUAAAGACGAACUCGACGAUGGCGCCGCUAUUGUCGAAGAGUUGGCAUCUCCUUGGACCAUGCCAUGGCAGACACAAGUGACGGUCGAUUCGUCCGAAGAAGGACUGUGGGAAGUUUUGUUUAUCAACUGCAAAGAGGGUUCUACUGCUUCGUUACGACUGAGCACCGAGCUUAUCAACCCAAACAACAAUCACUUGUCUGCGGGAGACUCACCUCUUCCAACCGUGUAUGCGGUUGCUUGCGUGGCCUAUAUCCUUGUCGCCGGUUACUGGUUCUCGCUUCUCACCUUUCGUCAAGAUACCAAGGUCUUUCGUGCACAUUGGCUCAUGUUAUUGCUCAUUAUUUUUAUUUUCAUCAACAAAGCACUUCAAUCAGCUAAAUACCACUACAUGAAAAUCGGCGUGUUAUCGGAAGGCUGGCGUAUUGGAUUUUAUUUAUUUGCAAGCGUCAAGGGCAUUUUGAGCAUUUUGAUCCUUGUGUUGCUUGCCUCGGGUUGGAUGUUUAUCAAGCCUUUUCUGUCGUCCAAGGAUAAAAAGGUUAUUUCGGCCAUUGUACCGUUGCAAGUGCUUGCCAAUGUGGCGUCAGCGAUCGGUAGCGAGGCAGCAGUAGGAUCAGCCGAUUGGUCUUUCUGGAACAUGCUGCUGCCUUUAAUUGACUUGACUGCCUGCGGUGUGGUGCUUUGGACAAUUCUGCAAACUCGCAAGCAUUUGGGCGCUGCUACCAGUGCUGAUAAAGAAAUGGAUAUCUUGAACAAGUACAAGCUUUGGUCCACGUUUUAUAUCGUGACCUUGGUCUACAUUUACAUUACGCGUAUUCUGGUCACGCUUUUACAAGCGUCUUUACCUUUUCAAUACGUAACGUGGCUCGGAGAAGCCGUCAAUGAAGUAGCCACGCUCCUGUUUUAUGCAUUCAUCGGAUACAAAUUCCGACCUUACCCAGAUAAUCCAUACACCCAAGUACCCGACCGCGAUGACUUGGAGGAGGAUAAUAGUGAACCAGAAAAUUCUGCGGGCGAUUCGCUUCGCUUGCAAGCCAUGUCACGUAGAGAUAAGAAUACUGUAAACGAAUCCGAUGAAUGA